AUGACAACAACAAAGAGAAAGAUGGAUGGUAACUUUAAAUAUGUAUUAGAAUUAAGACAAAAAGAGAAAAAGACGAUUAAUCAACAAAUAGAAGAAGCAGAGGUGGGAGAGAAAGAACUAAAGAGACAACUAUCCAAAUAUGAUCAAGCAACAGAGAUACUCGAUUUCCUAUAUCUUGCAGGAUACGGCUCUACUCAUCUAGACGUACUGAGAGAGUUGGGUGUCACCUGUGUCAUCAAUGUUGCAGAGGAAUGUCGAUGUAAAUUCCUACCCAACGACGAUGGUAUAGUCGAACACCGUCAGAUCAUUGAAGAUAUAGUACAAACCGAUCAGCACUCUACAUUCUAUCAGCUGUUCAAAGUCAUAGACAAAGUUCAGAGUCAAGGUGGAAAGGUUUUGGUUCAUUGUAUGAGAGGUAGAUCUAGAUCUGCCACCAUUGUAAUUGGUUACCUAAUAUAUAAAUACAAUUGGGAUUUAAAAAAGGCAUAUGCAUUUGUAAAAGAAAAGAGAUCGUUUAUAGGUCCACACGGUCAUCUUAAGAUACAACUAAUAGUGUUUGAAAAGGAACAUCUAGAUGUUGACCAAUCAAAAAAGGUAUGGUCAUCUUAA